UAAAUGUCAGCUUUAUUAGUAUUAUUUGUUUUGAGACAGUCUUGCUCUGUCGCCCAGGCUGGAGUGCAGUGGCACGUCUUGGCUCACGGCAACUUCUGCCUCCUGGGUUCAAGCGAUUCUCCCAUCUCAGCCUCCUGAGUAGCUGGGAUUACAGGUGCGCGGACCACGCCUGGCUAAUUUUUGUAUUUUUAGUAGAGACGGGGGUUUCACCAUGCUGGCCAGGCUGGUCUCGAACUCCUGACCUCGUGAUCCACCCGCCUCGGCCUCCCAAAGUGCUGGGAUUACAGGCGUGAGCCACCGCGCCCAGUCGGCUUUAUUAUUCAAUGUUAGCUUCAUCUGCUUUGUACACGAAUGCAUACCCAGUGCCCAGAACAGUGCCUGGAACAUUAGGUGCUAAAUAAAUAUUUGUGACUUAAUGCAUGAAUAAGGGUGAACUUCUUUUCUUUUGCUGUCACUGGAGAGUUGAACUCUCCUUCCAACGGCGGCGGGGUGGAUAUUGGCAUAUUCGGGGACUUUAGGGCUGAAGUCAAGGGCUUAGUGGGGCUUAAUUUGUGGGCGGGCCCAGGGCAUAGCCCUCAUUGUUUCUCUAGAAAGACGUGUCCAACCUUCAAAGGACCUUCUUAAAUCCCGCUGAAAGGUUAAGUUGGGAAGGAAAACCUGCAUGCCUAUGUAUCAGGAAUUAAUGUCUUUUGUCUUGUUUUAUUCAGUAGUUUCAAAUUGCCUUCUCCAGGCAAGGCUGAUGAAAGUGCAAGUUGCAAGUUAAUUUGAAUGUUUCUUUUUGCUUUUGCUCUCACAGGAAGUGAAAAGGCGACCAAACACUCUAGCAUUCAUGCCACCAAAAAGAGGAGUGUUUUGCAGUUACAAGACCUGGAUUCGAAUCACGACUCCUCUUAGCUGCCCUGUAAUCAGGCACAAUUACUUGGGUCUCUGAGUCUCACUUUCCUUAUCUAGAAAACGGAGAUAUCUUUACUUCCUUCGUAAGACUGGCGAGAAGGAAAUUAUCUGUGCAUUUUGAAACCACUUAAGCCUUGUACACGUUUUAUUUUUGGGAUCGCCCUGGUAGGGCUUCAGAAAAAUAAAAAGGAGGUCCCUGAGAAAAGGCUGGGGACCUUACAUCUGAGGUCAACCCUCUCUGGUCCCAAGGAUGGCCUAGGCUGUUCCGCCCCCUGGCUCCCCAGGGGCAAAGUCGUGAGGGUCCAGGUGAGAGCCCAGUGCUGGACGAGCCCGGGGCCCAGGGGUCCCGGCCGAAAUCCCUGCUGUCUUUCAGGUCAAACGUCAUAAUCCCCGAACCCCAGAAAGGACGAAAGGCAAGGCAACCCCGAAAGACGACGAAAUCAACCCCAGGGCGCAGGAGAGGGAGGGCCAGUGUGCUGCCGACGAGGGAGGCUGGAGCCGCGGGGACGAGGCGCCCCAUACAGCGGCAAGAGGGCGGAGGGCAGGAGCUCGCCAUCCUGGGUGAAAGCGGGGCCCAGCGAAGGGACCCGGCCACAGGAAUCUCGGUUCCACCCCGCUACUCCCGGCUGUGACUCCAGUUUCGUCCCCAGCCGCCCGGACCCCUCCCCCGCCCCGCCCCCAGCGGGCACUCAGGCCGUACCACUGCCUUCAUGGGGGUGGAGUUAGAUCGUGGGCUAGUCCUGCCGAUGAGAGAGGGGUUCUUCCUCAAAAAAUAUGAUUAUGUAUAGUAUUCGCAUGAUUCUAGUUAACUCGUUUCCCUUCUGCCUGCUCGGACCCUCUACCUGCCCUACGAAGGGGGCGGAGUGCGCUCCUGCCUCCCCCUGCUCUUCCGCGUUCGGUGCGCGCCUGCGCGGUGCGUAGGCAGCGGUGCGUACUUAAGCUUCGACGCAGGAGGCGGGGCUGCUCAGUCCUCCAGGCGUCGGUGCUCAGCGGUGUUGGAACCUCGUUGCUUGCUUGCCUGUGCGCGCGUGCGCGGACAUGGCCUCAAACGAUUAUACCCAACAAGCAACCCAAAGUUAUGGGGCCUACCCCACCCAGCCCGGGCAGGGCUAUUCCCAGCAGAGCAGUCAGCCCUACGGACAGCAGAGUUACAGCACUUAUAGCCAGUCCACGGACACUUCAGGCUAUGGCCAGAGCAGCUAUUCUUCUUACGGCCAGAGCCAGAACACAGGCUAUGGAACUCAGUCAGCUCCCCAGGGAUAUGGCUCGACUGGCGGCUAUGGCAGUAGCCAGAGCUCCCAAUCGUCUUACGGGCAGCAGUCCUCCUACCCUGGCUAUGGCCAGCAGCCAGCUCCCAGCAGCACCUCGGGAAGUUACGGUAGCAGUUCUCAGACCAGCAGCUAUGGGCAGCCCCAGAGUGGGGGCUACGGCCAGCAGCCUAGCUAUGGUGGACAGCAGCAAAGCUAUGGACAGCAGCAAAGCUAUAAUCCCCCUCAGGGCUAUGGACAGCAGAACCAGUACAACAACAGCAGCAGCAGUGGUGGUGGAGGUGGAGGUGGAGGUAACUAUGGCCAAGAUCAAUCCUCCAUGAGUGGUGGUGGCGGCAGCAGUGGUGGUGGUUAUGGCAAUCAAGACCAGAGUGGUGGAGGUGGCGGCGGUGGCUACGGACAGCAGGACCGUGGAGGCCGUGGCAGGGGUGGCAGUGGUGGCGGCGGCGGCGGCGGUGGUGGUGGUUACAACCGCAGCAGUGGUGGCUAUGAACCCAGAGGUCGUGGAGGUGGCCGUGGAGGCAGAGGUGGCAUGGGCGGAAGUGACCGUGGUGGCUUCAAUAAAUUUGGUGGCCCUCGGGACCAAGGAUCACGUCAUGACUCCGAACAGGAUAAUUCAGACAACAACACCAUCUUUGUGCAAGGCCUGGGUGAGAAUGUUACAAUUGAGUCUGUGGCUGAUUACUUCAAGCAGAUUGGUAUUAUUAAGACAAACAAGAAAACGGGACAGCCCAUGAUUAAUUUGUACACAGACAGGGAAACUGGCAAGCUGAAGGGAGAGGCAACGGUCUCUUUUGAUGACCCACCUUCUGCUAAAGCAGCUAUUGACUGGUUUGAUGGUAAAGAAUUCUCCGGAAAUCCUAUCAAGGUCUCAUUUGCUACUCGCCGGGCAGACUUUAAUCGGGGUGGUGGCAAUGGUCGUGGAGGCCGAGGGCGAGGAGGACCCAUGGGCCGUGGAGGCUAUGGAGGUGGUGGCAGUGGUGCUGGUGGCCGGGGAGGAUUUCCCAGUGGAGGUGGUGGCGGUGGAGGACAGCAGCGAGCUGGUGACUGGAAGUGUCCUAAUCCCACCUGUGAGAAUAUGAACUUCUCUUGGAGGAAUGAAUGCAACCAGUGUAAGGCCCCUAAACCAGAUGGCCCAGGAGGAGGACCAGGUGGCUCUCACAUGGGGGGUAACUACGGGGAUGAUCGUCGUGGUGGCAGAGGAGGCUAUGAUCGAGGCGGCUACCGGGGCCGCGGCGGGGACCGUGGAGGCUUCCGAGGGGGCCGGGGUGGUGGGGACAGAGGUGGCUUUGGCCCUGGCAAGAUGGAUUCCAGGGGUGAGCACAGACAGGAUCGCAGGGAGAGGCCGUAUUAAUUAGCCUGGCUCCCCAGGUUCUGGAACAGCUUUUUGUCCUGUACCCAGUGUUACUCUCGUUAUUUUGUAACCUUCCAAUUCCUGAUCACCCAAGGGUUUUUUUUGUGUCGGGACUAUGUAAUUGUAACUAUACCUCUGGUUCCCAUUAAAAAUGACCAUUUUAGUUAAA